CGCCCUGCUGGCAAUGCCCACUCCUGCUCUUCUCAGGCUGCCUUGCGCUGCCCGUGCACUGAGGAGGCAGCCGGUGUGGGGUCUGGUGCAGAGCGAGGAGUCCACUCGGCCCUGGCUCAGAGGGAGGCAGCGUCCCCACCGCUAGGACGGGGAGGGGAUGGAGAGGAGCUGCUCCCCUGCCACUGCGCAGCUACCUCGACAGUUCUUGGGAGCUUUCUGCCCUUGUCUCUCCAUAGGUGGUCUGCACUCUGAAGGAGUUCAAUGAGUACAGGCAGUAUCUGACCGCACUCAAGCUGGAGGCUGAGAAAACCAGGAGGAAAGAAGAGGAAAAGCUUCAGCAAGAGCUCUCCAAGUUAAAGAAACUUGACCCCAGACUGACGGCAGGGAUUGACAGUUCUUGCCAGAGCUCCUCCAGUAAUGUGUACUUGGUCAUGGGACAGAAAGCCAGCCUACUGGAGCCUAAAAAACCAGCUGGCCCGCCUUCCUGCAAAAGCAGAAGAAACCCUCUCCGAUCUGGCCAGUACAGAAGGCUGAAAGCAGCUCCCUCCGGACUUGAGUUGGGCAGGGAAGAUGCCAAGCUCCCUGGGAGCAUCCAUACUGUGACUGAGUCAGAGAGAAAGUCACCUGUCCCCGCAGACGGUGUAUUCAAAGCUGCCUCGGAAGAACAGGCUGCUAGAGAAAGCCAGAGGAUUGAAGAGGUGGCUCGGACUGUGGUGCGGCAAGUGUUUGAGAGGGUGCAGGCACUGGACCAGUCUGCCCGCGUCUUAAAGAGGGCUCCCCAUAAGAGCCGAGAAAGACUGUGUGGAAGUGCCAAAAGCGCAGAGCCUUCAGAGACAUCUCCUCUUGAUAAAGAGCAGGAAAUUGCACUGCUGGCUGAGAAGGUUGUGGCGAGUGUGAUGAAGCUCUUUGAGAAGUCCUGGGAAUCCGGCAUGCCCAGUGCAUCUGAGCCAAGGCCAGCAGCCAGGCAGAAGGAGCAGCCCGUCGCCAGGAGAGCCUUCCAAGUGGGGAAGUUGGAAGAAAAGAAAUCAAGGGAAGCCUUUGAGGAAGAAUCCUCGCAGGCUUCCCUUGACAAAGUCACCAGAGAAGCCGUUGGAAGUGUCUGCGACACUUUGGAAUCCUUUGUAGCUUCCCGGUUUGAGCAAGACUUCAACUGCAAAUAUUCUGAAAUCGUGGCGCUUCCCACUGUCAACCUCUCUAACAGGAAGCCACAGCCAUCCCAGGUGUGUCUCUCAAGACAGGGCAUGAGGGAAGGGCAGGGACUACCAAGAGCAUCAGAAGAGCAGAGCCCAGAAGCAAGGCAGAGAGAAAAGUUGCCCAUGAUCCAACCAGCGCCAGACACUGCUGGGAUCUCACGACUGAGUCACAGGAUUGUGAGGGAGAGCAUCCAAAAGGCUGUCUCCGAAGUUCAGCGCCUGCACACAGAACUGCAGGUCUAUGCCAGAACCAUUGUCCUUAAUGUGGUUGAAAAAGCGAAGGACAAGUUGGAGCGGGAAAUGAAAGCAAAGGCCUUAGACACCACUUCAAACAGCAAAACGGUGGCAAGUGGGAUGACGCGCUCGGUAUCAGAGCAGAGCUCUCAGCCUGGGACUGCACGGAAGCUGGAGAAGAACUUGGGAAGGCGUGUCACCAAACAGCCUGUGCCAAGCAAAGGGAAGGAGAGCUGUCCCUCGGAGCACCUCCGAAGAUCACCUGAUCUCCUCCAAGCUGUCCAGCGAGGCUCUGAGCAAGGCGCCCCCACAGCAGGCUCUUCUGCCCCCCUAGGGGAAUCCCACAGUCUGCGGAGGUCAGAGAGCACCACAGGCACCAUCCCUUCCAUGGGCCCGCAGUUUGUCAGGCAGCCCGUUCCUCCAUCUGUUCCAAAGCACCCUGUCCAGAGAGGAGCGCGGUGCCUACGUGUGCGUGUCAAGCCUAUCCCAUUCAAGCCUCAGUAGCCUGAGGCGGAAGCAGAGAAUAAAGAGUUUACGUCCAAGUGUUUGCUUGUGCCUACAUUUAUUCAAGCCAGGUGUACUGGGUCUGGCUGGGAUGUUAA